CGCGUCUGUACACGGAAGUAAGGCGCUGUAAACAGAGCUGCAGCGGAUCUCUAUCCGUGUAAACUUUCUGCAAUAACACACCUGCUGGGGUUCAGCAUAGUUUUAGGUGUUAUCUUGUUUGUUUGAUUGAGGUCUGGCUUCAUGGCGAGUGUCGGGAAAUCCAGCAGCAGGAUUAAUAAACGAGAAACGAGAUCUCCAUCAGAUAAGAAGCUGCUGGGGGGCUGUGAGGAGAUCUCAUCAUCAUCCUCAUGUGUGGGUGAAGAAGACCACAGUCCCACUCUGAGCGGACACGACAUCCAGAGUCUGGCCAUCACAGCUCAAGACCUGGAGAGGCUGCGAGUCCCUAAACCUCCUUCCGAUUCCCAGAAGCCUACCUCGAUGACCCGUGUUUACGUCCGUAAGACACGCCCCCCAGACGAGGUCAGCAGAGUGGUUAGAGUCACCGUAGCGAGGCCCCUCCCACUAGAUGUUGCCCCGCCCCAUCAAUCUGAAUAUGCAGGUCCCGGUGGGCCGCGGUUUGACGUGCAGGGGAUGGUGCUGCCGCACAGCAUUCUGGGAAGCCUGGAGGAUUUCAGGACAGAGAUGCAGCUGCGAGGAGAGACAGAGCUGGUGCAGAGGAUUCCAGACCGACAGGAACCGCCCCCUCUGUGGGUGGAGGAUGAGAAUGAGGACAAUAAGGCCGGAGAUCAUUCAGAAACGGGGCAGGGCCAUCAGAGCCACGCCCUCCAGCACUGGGGCCGUCACAUGACAGAGAGACGCAGACAGCAGGACUUCAUCUCACGGUUCCUGCAGAAGCCAGCGGGGUCUUUACUGAUGAACCGCUCCAGCACAUUCAGACGGGUUCAGGAGCAGAGGGAUCUGAUCAGCACAGCGCUGCCCGCUCUUAGCGCAGGACAUGGUCAUCGUGUGGGCAGUGAGUUCUGGAGCGUCCCGCAGCAUUACGGGGAUGAGAUGAGCGGGAUCACAGCCACUCUCACCCAAACCGAGAGAGGAAACCGUCCCGCCGUCACACGCGUGGCUCAGCCACUCAGCACACGUCUGGAGUCAGGUAAUGUGGGGUGCGAGGAGGUGAACGGCGGCUGGAAUCAGAGUUCGUACCUGCAGCAGCGUCUUCAUGAGCUCAAGGACGUGCUGAGAGACUUCAGUCCUCCUGAGGCUGAUGGUCUGGAGGUGGUCGGGUCUGGUCUUCCCGUAUCUUCACGUUCUCCUCUGCCGGACGAGAGAGAGGACGAGGAUGAAGAGCAGAAGGAGAACCAAGCUCCUCUGGAGCUGUAUGAGGACGUGCUGAUGGACGUGGAGCUGCGUCCCGCUCUCAGGGUCUGUGGAGAUCUGGCGCUCUGGACCGGCAGCACUUCCUCCCACCAGGGGCAGGAGGGCAUCUCUGUCAGGCUGAUGUUUGAGACGGUCACAGGACAGAGUGUGAGAGCUGAUCUGGAGUUAAAGAAUGAAGGAAGUACUACGAUUUACUACAGCUGGGAGAGACUGACGCAAACACACACACUCACUCAACACUUCUACUUCAACAGCACUACAGCGGUGAUUCUGCCCGGCAGCACUAAACACAUCAGCUUCAUCUUCAAGAGCGCGUCUGCGGGCAUCAUGACAGAAGUCUGGCGUCUGCACACACACCCGGUGCUGAUGGGCGGAGCCUCACUGCGGGUCACUCUGAGGGGCGUGGCUUUAGAGCAGGACAACAGCGCCCUGCAGAGAGCCGCACUGGAGAAGGAGCUGGAGCAGAAAGCGUCCGUGGCGCUGUGUGGACGGAUGGUCAGGGAUCUGUUGAGAGGAGUUCACACUCCAGAACGGCCCAGUUCUCCUGCUGAUCUCUACAUCACAGAUGAGGAGCUGUUCAACACACUCAACCCUCAUCUGCAGUACCAGCGUGAGCCUGUAGAGGCGCUGCGGGGCCUGUGGGAGCAGGUCAAGGGGUCAGGAGAUGCUCCGCUGUGGGAUCUGUCACUGAACACACUCGGACAGGUGCUGUUGUCCAUGUCUGAGAGCGAUGGCGAGAUCAGAGAGAUGAGUCUGAGCCGCUUUAACUCUCUGAUCCUGGAGCUGCAGCGGCCGCAGAUACACAACGCACCUGUGACAGCGCGGAACGUCAGUGUGCAGUUGUGGAGGGAGCUGCUGGACGGUUUGGUCUGUGAGUCUGUGAGACUGAGACAUUCGCUGGGCCUUCAGGAGAACAACAGCUGGACUGACACCUCUGAGCAGGAUGAAGAGGAGCGGAGAAGAGGAGCCCUGCUGAUGAAGGACGAGAGGAGACGUGCAAGUGUCAGAGAGCUUGAGGAGACCAGAGCAGUGCAGGAAUGUGGUAGCAUGAGGAAACAUGUGCCAGAGGAGGGGAGGAAGGAAUACUGCUUCUUUAGUGGUGAUUAAUAAAAACUACAGGACAGAUACAGACUGCUGCUGCACACACAGGUGUAUAUGCUGAUGGAGAGGAUGGUGGAUUCUCUGUGUGAUUUACUCGAUGACACUCAACGCACUCCUCAGACAGCAUAUUAGUACUUCCGUCUGUCUUCAUUUACUGUCUAAAGAGUCAGAUCUUAAUUGCACAUGUCAGUAAAUGUAAUUUCCUUGUCAAGAAGAACCUUUGGUGUGUUUCUGGAUGUUCUGGAAAUCUAAACUACUCGUUCUGAAACAACUGAAUGAGAUGAUUCGGUUUAUGAUCUAUGAGAUAAUCUAUAAGCUUGUCCAUCAAGCGAUUCAAGUCUGAAAGGCUGAAGGUUUAGCUGGUUCUCAUCACUAUCCCCUGCUGUAUCUAUCUGACCGUCUUUAUUAAUGACCAUUCAAAGGUAUCGGUAUAUUUCUGCUAAAAUAAACAUUUAAAUUGCAAAUACUUCAGUAUAUUAUGAAAACUGCAGUAACAUACAUGCAGAAAAUAAAAUAAUUAAAAUAAAGAGUUAUUUAUUUAUUUAGUAAUACAGCAUAGCAGACCAAACCUUUAUAAAUAAAUAAGUAAAAUACUUCCUUUUUUUACCAUGACCAUUUGCUGUACUUGAUAAAUAAAUAAA